CAAUAACACAAGUCACAAGCCAACGUUUAGAGCGCAAUUUGACAGAGAUCACUCAAAAGCAAAAUUCAAAGUAGCGCAAACUGAGCGCAAAAACCCAGAAAUGAACUGCCAACUACCAGUUCUUUCACUAAUCUUGAUCACAUCUCACCUCAUAACAACGACGAAUCUAGGGGGGCGAUCCUGCUCCAGCCCGAUAUAUUGUGAAGGGGAAUUGCUGCAUUUGGUGCAAACAGCCAAAAUCUUCAACGACUCGAAAACGUUCGUGGAUAUGGCGAUGAAACACCCGGUGAACCAAACGUUGGCCAAUUUCGAUGUGUUCAUGCGACGGACUGCCCAGAAACCCAGCCCGGAGGAAAUUCGCGAGUUUGUUUACCAAAAUUUCCACAUGAUUGGGGAAAUGGAGGAUUUCAUGCCCAGGGACUGGAGGGCUGAGCCGAAGAUCGUGCGGGAAAUCGACGACCCUAAAAUCCGCGCAUUCCUCAUCAGGCUAAUAGCAAUUUGGCCGCUAUUGGCACGCAAAAUAUCCCAGAAUGUCUUCGAUCGACCGGACACGUUCUCUUUGAUCCCCGUGCACAAUGCCUUCAUAAUCCCCGGGGGAAGAUUCAAGGAAUUUUACUACUGGGACUCAUAUUGGAUCAUCAAGGGCCUGCUCAUCACCGACAUGAAGGAAACGGCGAAGGGCAUAAUCGAUAACUUCAUCUUCAUGGUGCGCAACUACGGCUUCAUUCCAAACGGGGGCCGAAUAUACUACCUGAACAGAUCGCAACCUCCUGUUUUGACCCUCAUGAUGAAGGACUACGUAAAAUACACCAAUGACUUCACCUACUUGCGGCAGAACAUUCGCGUGUUGGAGACAGAGCUGCAGUUCUGGCUGAAGAAGCGGGUGGCGAAAAUUGUGAACAACGGGGAAACAUAUCAACUGGCUCAUUUCGAUUCGGAGAGCGACACGCCAAGGCCUGAGUCUUACCUGGAGGAUCUGGAAACCUGCGGUGUUCACAACACGUCAGAAAGCCGACAUGAAUGCUACACGGAUUUGAAGAGCGGUGCCGAAAGCGGCUGGGAUUUCUCUUCCAGAUGGACAUUUGAUGAACAAGGCGAGCCCAGCCCAUACCUGUGGAACAUCAACACCAGAAGAAACAUUCCCGUCGACCUGAACUCCUUCUUGUACAAAUCGUUCAAGUUCAUGAACUACUUCUACGUGCUGUUGCGCCAACCCCGAGAAGCCAAAUACUGGUUGGAUCUGGCCGAUACAUGGAAAUACAACAUCGAAAAAGUCCUCUACUCGCCAGAAGAAGGCAUGUGGUUCGAUUACGAUGCCAAGCUGCAUCGGCACCGCAAAUACUUUGCUGCUAGCAACUUUGCGCCACUGUGGGCCGAUGCAGUCGACGACGACGUCAAGAAGCAGCGCGGCCACAAUUCAAUCCAAUAUUUGAAGAAACACGGAAUUCUCGACUACCAUGGCGUCCCAUCGACACUUCUAGCCAGCGGCUUUCAAUGGGACUUUCCGAACGCCUGGUCUCCGUAUCAGAACAUGAUCGUUUUUGGGCUGGAGCGAUCCGGCGAUGAGGAGGCUCAAGAAGUAGCGAAAAUGCUGGCGCUCAGAUGGGUCCAAUCGAACCUGAAGGCCUACGACGAAAACAAGGUGAUGUUUGAGAAAUACAGCGCUCAGUCUAGCGGCGUCUUUGGAGGCGGUGGAGAGUAUCACAUUCAGUCGGGCUUCGGCUGGACUAAUGGCGCAAUUAUGGAGAUCAUUGAUUACUAUUUUAGAGUGAAGAAACGGAAGUAUGUGGGCUUGCAAGACUGACUUUGACCAUCGGGUUUCGUUUGUACCAAGUAUAUUGCCAGAGUGUUCCAUUAGAUGUUUUGAAAAACUACUGCAGAUAAUGAAAAAGCAGCAGCAAAAGCGCUUUCUUAUGUGAA